AUGCCCCGCACUCGCUCGACUGCUCCUUCGGGACAAUCUGAGUCUGCUACUGAGCAGCAGACAAAAACAUUGACACCUGCCGAGAAACCUAACAAGACUUUUAUCCUUCCUUCCAAUACAAAUGCCAACGCGCGUCUACUCUCCCUGCCGAACCCACAGUCCGGCGAGCUAUCUCGCUACUUCUUCUGCCCAGAUCGCGGUAUUUUUGAAUUUACAGUCGUCGCAUCGCCCGCGUCAGCUCCUCGGAGUAUCCUAUUUACCCCUAAGAAGCACCAAUCGGCGGAGUCCAAGUCAGCAGAUGAGAAGUCGCCCGCUACGGCGUCAAUUGCCAAAAAGGCUGAACUGCUGGUCGCAACACCCAUAGAUGCAGCCUUCUUCCUGGUACCCCUGCUGUCAUCCUCCUCAAAAUCUGGACAGUCUCUCUUCCAGCCGCUGGACGACAUAAUUGACUCGAACGAUGACCUACACCCACAUUUCCGCCAUGUCCUCUACAACGAAACAUUCCGCAAAGCGCUCCUCGCACGCGCCGAAGCCAUCUGUGAUACUGUGGAGGCCGGUGAUGAGAACAUGUUCCGAUUCAGUGAGACCAAACUACUUAAGGAAUUGCUGGCCAAGGCCGAGCGGAUGGCUUCGCACGGGCUACCUACGAGUCUGGAGGAGCGUUUCGUUCGGCAGGCAUUGGCUGCUCCCCUGAUGUCGGUCAAACGCGAGGACGCAUUGACGAACCAAGACUCGAAGAAUGGCGAUGCCAGCCCAAUUGAAUCCGAUGAGAGGUCGGAAUCACCUUCGACAAUGGCCACUACAGCGACUCCCUCGGUGUCGACGCCCGUUGGUGAAACCACUCCUGCACCCCAACCUGCUGGUGAAGACUCGGAUGAUAUCCGCCGCUUGCAGCGGAUUUCAAUUGCCUUGUCAUUCAUGAAGGAUUCCUACUUGCCGUCUGCUCUAUCCUCUCGAAUCGAUGAACUUCUCGCCUCGGAGGAUUCACCCUUAGAUCUUAAGCCGCUGACCAACCGUCUUAAGGAGCUUGCGACUCUGCGGGCGGAGGCUAUAGCUUCACGGGGUGUGUCUGACUUCAGCCGCAAGCGUGGGUUGGAUGACGAAGAGACCGAGGAUAGGGCUGAAACGAAGCGACGGAAGGAAGAGGAGGAGAAGAAAGCAAAGACAUCUGAGUCUCGGGGAGUUCGCGACUUGAAAAAGGUCAACACGACCGGCAUGAAGAAAAUGAGUGAUUUCUUUGCAAAGGCUGCUGCUAAGAAGAAGACUUGA